AUGAGUGAUUUCUGGGAGAAGAAUAAAGGUUCCAUAACUUCAGGUCUUAAAAAGACUGGUAAAGUUGGAUUAAGUGGUACUAAAUACGUUGCGAAGACUGGUUACCAAGCUGGUAAGAAGAAUUGGGGCGGUAAUAAGAAAGAUAAACAGAAUAAGAAGCAAGGUGAGGAAGAUGUUGAUGAUGAACUUGAUGAAGAACCAGCUCAUCAUGCAAGCUAUCCACCACGCGUGGUAGAUCCUUCGUAUUUUCCACCACCUCCAAGUAGGACCAAUCCAUCUCAAAAUGUAGCCGGAGAGCAUAUGCCAAGACAGACAUACCCUGCUCAGCCCUCUAUUCAGCAGCCUGUGUAUCAGCAACCUGUGUAUCAGCAGUCUGCAUAUCCGGCACAAGUUCCUCAACAGGCUCCUCAACCGGCUCCUCAACAGGCUCAAUAUGUGAUCCAGCAACCUCCUCCGCCACCACGUAAUCCUGGCUACCAACAAUUACCUUCCCAGCAGGCUUAUGAGGAACCUGCCCAAUAUAGUUAUCAGCAGCCACCACCUCAGUCCGGAUUUCAACAGCCUCCUCAAGCUGGUUACCAGCCAACUCAGCAAACCUACCAGCCAACUCAGCAAACCUACCAGCCAACUCAGCAAACCUACCAGCGGCCUGCCCAGCCUGUGCCUCCUCCACCUAGCAAUCAGUCACCCCAGCAAGUAAUUCAACAGCCUCCUCCCCCUCCUCGAUCUGGCUACCAGCAAUCACCACCACCUCAAGUGGGCUAUCAACAACCCCCUCCUCCUCCUCGAGCUGGCUACCAGCAAUCACCACCACCUCAAUUUGACUAUCAACAACCUCCUGUUCAACAACAUGCCCAUUCUGGACCACUUCCACCAUCAAGACCAAGUGAUCAGUAUCUGACCCCCAUACAGACCCAAAGUACUGUCCAUUCACAAACUCGUCCCUAUGAUUUGACUGCUCCUCAUGUUAAACAAAGAUUAGAAAUGCAAUCAGUAGAUUUGACGAAUUUACCGCCACCGCCAACUCAUAGAGAUAGGAGUUCACCACCAAAGAGUAGGGAAAGUUCACCGGCGGGUCAGUCACAAAAGGUACAUUCAGGCUCAACACCACCACCAACGUACGAAAGUUCACAAAAGGAUAUUGAAAGUAGUAUGUCGUCAUCAUCGGUAACACCCUCAACUCAACCUGCGUUAGCAUCACGUCCUAGCUCAAUUUCAUCUCAAUCACGCUCUAACGUUCCACCUCCAAUGCCGCCCAAACCGAAUGAGCCUGGAAUGGUCGAUGUCUCAUCAUUCCCACCACCACCAAGACCAAGGCCGACACCAUCAAUGGAAAGAGAAACAGCAUUAAAAGCACAAGACCCUUCUACAGGACCAACGCCUCGUGGAAGGUUAGCAGGUUCUAAACCACCACCACCACCUGUUAAACCCAAGCCACGUAAUUUAGCCGCAGGAUCGGGGUCAGGAUCAGGAUCACUAGGCAGUGGUAACCACACACCAUUGGCAUCGGUGGACAGUAUUUCACAAGAACUAUCAAAAGUACAACUGAAAAAGACAAAUUCCAAGUACACACAAGAACCUACAUCCUCUAAACUACCACCACCAGCGGUACCCAGAAAGAAUUUCACUCCGGAUAAACAGGGAACACCACUUCCCCCCAACAAGAAUGCUUCUUUAAAAUCACCAACAGAUCAACAAGAUGUCAACCCAUUCGAACGCUAUUUGAAGAGUGCGGUUCCUGCAGAAAACGACCGCCUACAUAAGCCCAUGUAA